AUGCAUGGAGUCGAUAUGACACUGGAGGAGAGGGAGCAUUUCUUGACGGAGGUGCAUCCACGGUCGACGAGGGAGUUGACACUCUGGGCGCUGGAUGUGGCGCCUCAGUUGCUGCAGACCUUUUUCCUUCCGCCUACCCACCUUACGUCUCUGGAGCUAUACUGGAAGCCGACAACGAUAAUGCGUUCGUCGGUCUUGGCAUACUCAAAUCUACAGGAACUUGCCCAUGCCUCGGGACUCGUUCACCAAUAUCUCUGUGAAUCUGAUUAUCUUGUGCACCUUACGACUCUGAAGACGGCGAUACAGCACGAGGAUUUGGAUCUUUUUAGUCGAGCAGCGUAUGUUGAUCUGGACAAGGGCUUUGACAACAGGACCUUGCAGGAGACCACAUUUCAACACCUGUCGUCUGCUCCCCGUGCCUUUGCCUCUCCCUCGUCUCCUCCUUCUCUUCCUGUGGUUUGGCGUUGCCGUGGCCUCCACACCCUGCACAUCGAGGUCCUUUGUCCCAAAAAGUACCUAUUCGAACACCCGGUCCAAAAUCGAAUUGUCUACGGCUACAUCUCCCGAGUGUGCCCGCUUCUCAAGGAUCUGGAAAUCUGUCUCCCGCAUGAUGAUCAACCUAAUGCGGGGGGAUGUCUGGACUUGAAGGCAGGGCUUUGGCUACUACUGGACGUGGAAGAGAUGAUCAAUGAGAUGGAUGUCGAAGAGUGUCAACUUCUGCCGAACCUUGAAAGGCUGUCGUUCAAGUACCCGAUCAUGCUGCGACCGGAGGAAGAGCUGCGGCUCUGGCCUGGCACGAUGGCACGAUUUGUGGCGAGGCAAUCAACAAACCGCACCGCCGAGGAAAAGUACGAUACAAAGGCUCUUCUCCCUAACGUGGGCUUAGCUACCAUGAACCAAUUAGACCUUUAUUCCCUCUUCCUCCACGACUCGACUUUCCCCCCUGGACAUCCCGGAACUGCUCGAGAAAUCUUCUUGCAUAUCAACCGCUACACCAUCGCAAGGACUGUCGUUCUCGUUUGCCCCACAGAACAGCCUCGUGUUGUGUCGGCAUCGAUGAAGCCAGUUCCUACAACGAUGCAGCUGUUGCUCUGCCCUGUCUGCAGUCGAGCCUUUAAGCCAAGUAAGAACCAGAACACUAACUUGCGUCGUCAUCUUCAGAACAUUCACAACAUGUCGCCAACGACGCACCCCCGCAAGUGCAAAUGGGACUCGAUACCUGACGGCCGCGUCAAGGACGACAAGGACCGCAAGGAGCGCACUCGCAAGAGCAAACGUCUUUCGGCUCGCAAGACCCGCCCCCGCCGCAAGGCCGAGGAGGCAGCCUUAGGGUUGUGCAUGCUCAGUCAGGCGGUCUAA